AUGCAUAAUAGCAGUACAAAUGCGAAAGCCCCUCAUCUCCAACUCUACGACACGCUCGAAUCAACCGCCAUAGCCUUUGUCAAUUCCCUCGUAGCUCGCCGCUUCUCCCACCAACCAGACUACAGCCGCCUCUGGGAGGUCGCCGCUCCCAGCUUUCGCAUAUCCUUUGCGCCCGCAAGUUUCGCAGACACGUCUCCCACACUCGGGGAAGCCUACGAUAUGCCCUCCUACUGCGAUUUGAUCCGACGUAUGACAGCAGGCAAUCAUCUCCAUGUCUCCGACGCACGCCUCCGAGAUGUCACAGUCGAUGUGAAGAAAUGCACGGCCGUGGUCAGGGCGGAAUAUUUUUUGCGGGUGGAUGACCCGAUUGGGGAUCUUUGUGGGGAGAGUCUGGGCAAGGGCUUUCGGGAGAAGGGUGCAGGCGGGAAUGCUGGGACGACGUGUGUGAAUGAGACGGURUACUUUUUGCAAAUGACGGAGAAGGGGGAUAAGAUCUUUGACGUGGUGCAAUAUGUGGAUCCUAUGGCGAUGAACAGUGUGAAUGAAUCGGUGGUGAGGUUAGGGAGGGAGAAUUACGAUGAGUCGGCUUUGUUUUGA